AUGUGGAACGACGAGGAUAACAAUCCCUAUGGGGCUUUUGAAAAUCAAGAGGCUCACCUCUCCGACUCGCUGCACUCCACUGCCCUCUCUCCUCAUCCGCCCGAUUAUCUUUCUCAUCCGGAAGAUCUCAGCGAUCCCGAAGAAGCCGACUAUGGCGCCGCCAGUCAACAAUACCCGCGGAAGAGCGUCUACGAUAGUCGCAUCGAGCAGAUCCUCUACGAGAACCCCGAGAUGGCCAUAUUGAUCACGGACGCUGGCAAGAAUCACGAAGGUGGUGGUAGCUUCAUCGUCUACACGAUCCGGACAGGGGACCUCGAAGUCCGUCGCCGGUAUUCGGAAUUUGCAUCGCUGCGACAGACACUUGUUAAUCUGCACCCUACGUUGAUCGUUCCUCCGAUUCCUGAGAAGCAUAGCAUGGCCGAUUACGCCGCGAAGCCUACCAAAGCUAAAGAGGACACGGCCAUCAUUGAUUUGCGGAAGCGCAUGCUUGGAGUCUUCCUCAACCGUUGUCGCCGGAUGAAGGAAAUUCGCGAGGAUGGUGUUUGGUGGCGGUUCCUGGACCCCAACGUCAGCUGGAGCGAGGUUCUCCAAUCUCACCCCGCAUCCUCUAUUCCUAAGAACAACCUGAAAGCUCCGCCUCUUGACCCCGCGAACCCGACUCCGGCUCAUGGCUGGCUCCCCGUUCCAUCCUCCUCCGCGAAGCUCAAGGCUGGCGGGGCCUCCGGCACGAACUCAUCACCUACAUCACCCGGCGAGAACACAGAUAGUCCGGCGCCAUCUGUUCCCGGCCCCGAGGUCCUUGGACGAUUCCCGCCCGAGUCGCGCAAGCUGAGCGAGCAGGAGCUGGACCCAUACUUUGUGAACUUUGAAGCUUCUACACGAGAACUGGAGCUGCUAUUGCAAGGGAAUAUCGAGAAGGUCAACCGUAGAACACUUGCGCAUCUCUCCUCGCUUUCCGCUGACCUCAUGGAGCUGGGCGCGCGCUACAAUGGGUUCUCACUCUCUGAACAAUCUCCAACCGUUGCCGCCGCGAUAGAGCGCAUUGGACAGGCGGCGGAUACAUCCUACAUCGAAACCGAAGAGCUGUCCCAUGCGUUGAGUGCUAGCUUUGCUGAACCAAUGCGGGAGAGCGCGCAGUUUGCCAGUGUAGUCCGUGGAGUACUACGUUAUCGUGUGUUGAAGCGGGUGCAGCAGGAAAUGACGCGAGAUGAGUUGGCGCGGAAGAAGACCCUGCUCGACUCGCUCGAGCGCAGCGAACUAGAAGCCAAGCGGAUCGAACAGUAUCUCAACCGGACCACCCCUCACGCUGGCGGCACGAGGCGACAGCGGUCACUGUCCGCGUCAUCAGCCGUGAGCAGUGAAGGGAAUGCCACCGAGGUCUCAGGAGAUUCUGAAUUCCCACCUACCCACGGCGAGUCUAUUGGCUCACCAUCUCCCUCGGGGGGGCUGAGACACAAGAAAUCUGAUCCCUCGCCAUCUUCCUCGCCGGCCCACCGCAAGACAUCCAGCGGGACAUUCGUUGUGGGCAAGAUCUUCGGUCGCAUUAAUCACGCCAUUCAUGGAUUUGCAGACGUGGACCCUGAACGAACUCGUCGGGACCAGAUUGGGAAGACCAAAGAGAGUCUCAUUCAGCUGGAGCAAGCACUGGAGGUAUCCGAGAAGGACGUCAAGGACGCUAGUGCAGGUGUCCUGCAGGAUCUCCAACGUUUCCAGAAGGACAAGGAAGCCGAUCUCCGGCGUUACAUGGUUGCAUAUGCCCGCUGUCAUCUGGAUUGGGCGCGGAAGAAUCUCGAGACGUGGACUGAAGCUAAAGACGAGGUGGAUAAGAUCGUGGCGCGGUAG